GUUUAGGAGCUUCAAAGAUGAGAUCAGUGAGGUUUGAUUCCUAUGAUUGAUUGAUGUAUGUGACUUUAGGAGAAGCUAAUGAACGUGCACACACAGCUGGAAAUGUUGGCAGAGCAGAAGGAACACAAACUUGAUACAGGAAGACUGGUAUUUUGCAGAGAUCAGAAGUUGGUAAGAAGCGUAUGUUGAAAGAGGAUGGAGAACCAGUGGUAGGAAGGUUCAAAGCAUUGCUGAAAUACAGAAAGAUGUGGAAUAUCGGUUGCCAUUCACUAUAAAGAACCUCACAAUUAAUAUUAACAUACCAACUACUCUCUUCCAUGAGAGAGAAUAUUAACAUUCUCUUUAUGAAGAGAAAUCAGCAGCUUUUUUCCUGAUGUUUAUAAUAACCUGCCCUGAAAGAACUAUUCAGCUUUCAGUUUUCACAAGUGCAAUAACUGAUUUUCAGUUUUCACAAGUGCAAUAACUGAUCUUUGUGUAUGCCUCAUUACUUCCUGAGAACAAUCAUGCACAUAUAUGCAAGCUUGCUUCCACCUCAGUUUCCUCAGGAAAAACCAGUGAUCAGUGUUUUCCCACCGAUAAGACAUCACUUAAUGGACAAGCAAGGAGUAUAUGUGUCAUGUCCAUUAAUAAGCAAUUUCACAAUGCACUCUGACCUUGGAAAAAUUAUUCAAAGUUUGUUGGAUGAGUUUUGGAAGAAUCCUCCAGUUUUGGCUCCUAGCCCAACAUCAUUUCCAUACCUUUACAGUAAACCAGCUGGAAUGCCUCCUUAUGCUCCUCAGGGUUUUCCAUUUCUUCCUCCAUACCCACCACAAGAUACAAAUAGAUCUAUAGCUUCUGUGCCAGUUGCUGAAUCAGUUCCUUCAAGUUACGCUACAGAUAAAUCUGCUGCUCCCUCGUAUGGCUUGAUUGCUGAUCUGCCUUUACCUGUUCCAACAACAGAAGGAUUACUGCAGGUUGGCCAGAAUGGGUUCAGUUACAAGAUGCCUGAUGUCCCUGAUACAUUUCCAGAACUCUCAGAUCUAAGUAUAUCUCAGUUGACAGAUAUGAAUGAACAAGAGGAUAUAUUGCUGGAACAGUUUGUGAAUCUACCCCAGCUGAAGCAAGUCCUUACUGAUAAGGAUGAGUUGGUGAAAAGCAUUGAAGAACUAGCAAAGAAAAACUUAUUAUUGGAGCCCAGCUUGGAAGCAAAAAGGCAAGCAGUGCUGGAUAAAAGUUGUAGUCCAAGUGCUUUGCAAGCCAGACUGAAAGUAGCAGCUCAUGAAGCAGAAGAGGAGUCUGACACUAUUGCAGAAGACUUUUUGGAAGGCAAAACAGAAAUAGAUGACUUUCUAAGCAUUUUCAUGGAAAAGAGAACACUUUUCCACUGUAGAAGAGCCAAAGAGGAGAAACUUCAACAGGCAAUAGCAAUGCACAGCCAAUUUCUUGCUCCACUAUAGACUUUCCUGUAAAGUAGGCCUGUCAAGAGAAGAGUGAACCAACUCAGUAAAGCACACUUUCUAAUACCAAUUAUGUGCAAAUAAACAUUUCAUCAAAAUAGUUGCAUUUAUAGAACAGAUUGUAUACAGAGCUAGGACUGUUUUUGUAAAAAUAGAAUGUCUGUUUAUAUUCCCAUUUUAUUCAAGAAAUUCUUCUAUUGCAACCUUUGCACUAAUAUUUCUUGUGUUUAUUGUUAAUAGUCUCUAUUAUAUUUGAGUUCCUGCUGCUAUAUCCCAUUUUUCAGUGAUUUAAAUAUCUAAACAUGUACUUUUGACUAGCUUUUUACAUUUUAUAAAACAUAAUUCAUAUUUUUUUGUAUUUUGAACUUGAAACAUUAGUUUGGCUUGUUUAAGGGAGACUUUUGGAGUUGUUGGGAUUUGGGAAAUAAGAUCGGAAAGUCUUUAAGUCUUCAAGAUUUGUCAGUGAAGUAGCACGUUGUCUGUCCUUGGAGCCAAAAAUGUUCAACAGUAGUUUAUUUAAAAUGGUUAUACCAAACUAAAUACUGCCUGCACUGUCUGGAUAAGAAUAUUGAGUUUAAGCAAAGAAUGCUUUGGAAGAAAUUAUAUUGGAAUCAAAAUAGAAUAAACAUUGUUUGUAGAUUUACUAUCCAUAUUAGAUGGACUAAUGGAAUCCUCAUUUCUGGAGUAAUGUGGCACCCAACAUUGUAUUGAAGUACUGAUCUUACACUUGAACACUCUGUUGUUUCAAGUAAAACAAUAUUUGUGCAAAAAAAAAAUAGCAGCUCCUUUUUACUUAGUUUUUCUAAUUUUUUUUAGUUUCGGUUAUAGCUUGUGAUUAGUGACCUCAUGAACUUAAUUGUCAAAUCCCCUGCGAAUUGUCCUCUAUCCCUUCUUUUUCAAUAUGCAAAGAAAUGGUUUUCCCAGUGCAUUGUGUCAAGGCCAAUAGUAGAACUCCAGAAUAGUGAUUGCUAAUCCUUUCCUUUACCUCAGACCCAUUUUUAUUAAUUAAAUUUUCUUUUUUAGGAAGGGAUAUGUUAAUAUGUAUAGAUAGCAGAAUUACGAAUGAGGGCCUAGUAGAACUCUACAAGAGAAAAAGCAGCUCUUGAUUCCAAAUUGAGUGUUUUGGGAGGUUUUUGGUGUGUGGGGUUUGUUUGUUUUUUUGUUUUUUGGGGUUUUUUUUAUCAUGUCUACUUUCUUAGUGAACUAAGCUCUGAAGUUGAAAUGCAACAAGCACUGCAUCCUCAUUUUGGGACAGAUAGCUCAAUAUCUACAGCUUUCAAUUUUUUUUCUGUUGUAUUUUUUUUUUUUCUGGAAUUUUGAUUCUGUUUUGCUUCUUUUUGGAGAGGCAGGGUGGAUAUUCUGGACUUCUUCAGAAAGGAGAUUAGCAUUUCAUAUUCUUGAGUCUGCAUCUAUACACUGAUCUGUGACCUUGUUACAUCUUGAAGUAAGCAGCAUUGGACCUGGUCAGCAGUACUUAGAAGUUUCCCAUCAGUGAAAUAUAUCAAAGGUUUCCUAUCAGUGGGUAGUUCUAACCUUUGAGUCACUAGGGACCUCAGUACUCACCCGUGUCAGGUGGUGUUUUUGAGUUUGAUCUAAAACUGAGGUCCUUACUGUAGGCAUUUGUUUUCAAAUGUAGGACUAAUAACAUGCGUCUUCUGCUCAAAUUCUGAGUAGAGAAAUUUUCUGCCUUACUUAAGCACCUGGCAGUAUAGUUUAUGCGUGUAUUUGGCUUGCUGGUAUAGUUAGCGAUGCAUCUCUCUUGUGGCUUUUUUAGCCAGCAGGCUGUAAGGCUGGAUAUACUGGCAGAAGGUUGAGGAAGUCAGCUGUUCUGUUCUUAUCAUGUCCUGUGUUGUCAGGCAGUGUUGCGCUGAGGCAGAGUAAUUAGCCCUGAUGCAGACACACACCUACUGCCAAUCUACUUCCAUUCCUGAGUUAGGCUAUUUCUGCAGCCUGCCUGGCUGCUAGUAGGCUGUGGGCCAUGGAGCUUUAGACAGUUGGCCACAGCCAGGCCACUAGAUUUGGAGGGAAGGCAGUCUGCUUGCCACUGCUAGCUAUUACCAUAUAGUCCUGUGAUGUGCAAUAUUACAUUGCUGUAUUUUAGGGUUUACAAAUAUUGAUCUCUGGACUUUAUAGUGUCUUUCAUUUUGUAAAGUGGAUGUGGAGUAUGAGAAGUGCUAUGCAUGUAAGACAUUUAAGGAAGAGAUCAUUGAAGAUACCAGAGCUGGUGACUUAGUUUAGUCCUUUAAUCAUUAAAUCUCCCUCUCGGAAAACUACUACUUACGCGAGAGGAUAAAAUAAUUGUUAAUGUGCAUGGAUACCAGACUUACAACCAAGGGCCCAGUAUAGUUCUGUGAGAGGAAAAAUAAAACCCAGAGUACAGUUUCAUGGGGGGUUUCCUUAUCAAGCUUGCCAGUAAACUUGGCCUUGAAAUGAACACACAGACUGUAGGAAUAUGAUCCAAAAAGGUAUGUGUCAGAAGCUGUCUAACACGAGUGCUGGUCUGCGCCACAACUGUGAUGCAGGUCAGAGUUGUAGCUCCAGCCAAAACCCAAGAAGCAUUAAAGCAGAAUUCCCACAGGAGGUGUUCCCACUGGCUUGCCUUGUUAAUGGGGUGUCAUCCUGUAAAUGUGCUCCAAGGGUGCCUAAGAUGGAAGCAUCCUGUACUACAGACUCUUGUUGCUGUUCUUUUGCACUUGUCCUUCACCAAGAUGUAGGACGCCUUGUUUCAAACCCUGCUGUGCUAUGAUUUGGAGCAGGGAUCCAAACCCAGCUUUCCCAGAUUAGUGCCCUGAUCACCAGACUUUGGACUUGGUGCCUUCUCAUUUCCCAUUUGAACUCUUGCACUGUGUAUAAAUGUUUAAUGGGCAGAGGCUUGAACCUCAGUUUCCAGAUCUGAAGCAGAUAAGUCUUUCUCGGGCCCAGUGAACAUUCUGUAUGCAAAUAUCUGUCCUGUGUGAAUCAGGUGAAGCAGGACUGGUUAACCUGGCCCUCCCUAUCUCCAGAGAGUGCUCUAACUAGUAGUCUAUGGUCUUGUAUUUUGUAAACAAGAAAACCUGGCUUAACUUGUCUGAAGGCAGGCGCCUUUGUGCCCAAGGAUGCUAUAUGGAAGAGGAGACUUCUCUCCCAUCAGGUCAGCCUCUAAACUGCCAACAUGUGCACAUAAGCCUUUCAUUUUGCUCUUGCCUAGCUUUGGUGGUCCCAUGCUCAGCUGGAGAGGAUUCUGCUAUGGGGCAAGCAUUGACACUAGCAAAGUAUGUCCAGGGUGUACCAACCUUUGCUCUUCCCUUUCCCUUUUACAUUGCUAAGUUCUUUUUUCUCCUCACAGUGACAAGAUCUGUAGCUUCUCCCGAGUCCCCCAAAUGCUCUCCAAACAAGUUUAAAAUGCCCUCUGUUUUAAAUGUACACUUGAACUCAAAGCGUCGACUUGACUACUGGUGUUCUUUACCAACUGAAUGAUGAAGGCAGGUAGAUUUGGCUUGCGGAAACGCUAGUAACUCGUAUUUUCCCCUGAUUACUUGUCUUGUAUUUCAGGAUCAUCAAGUAUAACUUCACUCCUACUCUGCUUUGAAAUGAAUGCACACUGUGUACUAGAGUACUCUACAAGUACUAAGAGUACUACUCUUAGGCUUGUAGAAAGUACUUUCUGUAAUACUGCAUGUUCCAAAAGUUAUUAAGCUGUAGUAGAAACUCUAGGAAACCAAGGACUACUAUGGCAAACCCCCAGAAGUUUGCUAUGUGGCAAAGUACAUUCUGAAGUGUUAACACAAUUUUCCACUUGGUAUAACAUCAGCUUUAGUAACUUGCGGUAACAGAACUGCAAAGCUAAUUUGUUAUCAUGUUAAUUUUAGUCUCAUUUAGUUUCUCAUUUAGUUACUUUUUCUGUACUGCAGGUGCUGAUUUAAUUUGUUUUAUGGCAGUUUAAUGAUAACGUAUUCUAGAGCCUUUAUUUCUGAUCUCCAUAGUAAAGAUUGUUUUUCUUUUCUUUUUUUUUUUCAAAUGUAAAAUCACUUUCUGUCAUGGGCUGACUGUUAGAAUAGAGAGCUAGAGUCAAUAAUAAUAAUAGUAACACACACGAGAUUUUUCUCCAGUAUCAGGCAGUGAAGUAAGUAGAUUGUGUGGGGAAUGUCUCUCAUAAUUCUGGUUAGCAGUAUUUUUUUUUUAAACUGAAAGUGACUGUCCUGAAACAAGAAACCAUUUUAACCUGUUUUGUUUAGGGUCUAAUGCACUUCACUUGCUACUUCAUUUUAAGCAGAGGUUGACCACGGUGCCAAAAAACAUUCACCAGCACCAUGAGCAAUAGUAUUUGAUUAUUAUCAGUCCAUGAGAUGAUUGUUUAAAUGUUAAUUUGGCUUUACGCUUUGAACUUCAGCCAAAUGAGGGAACAGUCCGAAACAACAGGGGAUUCUUACCAAAGGCUCCAUUAAUAUUUCUCUUAAAGACUUAGGAAUAUGUCUGAGGCUUCGGGGCUGCAGAAGUAAACCUGAAUAAGAUCCCUGGGGAGGACAUUUUUAACGUUCAGUUAUUAGCCUUAUCUAUGCAUGACUGUGAGCAAAUAGUGCACGUUGUAAUAUGUUGAACUAUGAAUAAAGGUUUGUUUGUUUUGUUUUUUUAAAAAA